UCGGAGCUGCACCCGAAACGCGCAGCCGCGGUCUAACGUGCGUGAAUACGGAAAGAAACAUUUAUAAAUCAAUAUUAAUUUAGCCGGAUUAUUAUUGUAUUACAAUCAACACAAAAAUAAGCUACAGUUGGAUCUGAAGAACAUUCAUUUAUCUGUAUUGAUACGGUGAUCUUGGAGGGAACGAGCGCCCGAGGGUUUAGCUAGCUACUGAAAAUGUCCCUGGUUUGUGCAAUAUCAAAUGAGGUCCCGGAACACCCGUGCGUGUCGCCGGUGUCCAACCAGGUGUUCGAGCGGCGGCUGAUUGAGAAGUACAUAGCUGAGAAUGGAGCAGACCCUAUGAAUGGCCAGCCUCUGUCAGAGGAACAGCUGAUAGACAUUAAAGUCUCUCACCCCAUCAGACCCAAAGCUCCCUCGUCCACUAGCAUUCCAGCCAUCCUCAAAGCUCUGCAGGACGAGUGGGAUGCGGUGAUGCUCCACAGUUUCACCUUGAGGCAGCAGCUGCAGACGACACGUCAAGAACUAAGCCACGCCCUCUACCAGCAUGACGCCGCCUGCAGGGUCAUCGCCCGUCUCACCAAGGAGGUCACUGCCGCCAGAGAGGCUCUGGCCACUCUGAAGCCACAGGCGGGAUUGGUGGUGGCUCAGGCAGUCACUUCCCAGCCCCAUGUCACGGCUGGAGGUGCAGGAGAGCCCAUGGAGGUCAGUGAGCAGGUGGGAAUGAUACCAGAGAUCAUACAGAAGCUGCAAGACAAGGCCACGGUCCUGACCACGGAGAGAAAGAAGAGAGGAAAGACAGUUCCAGAAGAGCUGGUCCGAACGGAGGACCUCAGCAAGUACAGACAAGUGGCUACCCAUGCUGGUCUCCACAGUGCCAGUGUGCCUGGGAUCCUGUCUCUGGACCUGUGUCCCUCCGACACCAACAAAGUGCUCACUGGCGGGGCUGAUAAGAACGUGGUGGUGUUUGAUAAGAAGGAGGAGCAGAUCAUCGCAACCCUGAAAGGACAUACCAAGAAGGUCACCUCUGUCAUCUAUCACCCCUCUCAGUCGGUAGUGUUCUCAGCCUCUCCAGACAGCACUAUCCGCGUGUGGUCCGUUACCGGGGGCAACUGUGUCCAGGUGGUGCGGGCUCACGAGGCGAGCGUCACCGGGCUCUCCCUCCACGCCACCGGAGACUACCUGCUCAGCUCCUCUGAGGAUCAGUACUGGGCCUUCUCUGACAUCCAAACAGGUCGUGUUCUCACCAAGGUCACUGAUGAGGCUGCAGGAUGUGCUCUGACCUGUGCCCAGUUCCACCCUGACGGUCUGAUCUUCGGGACGGGGACGGCCGACUCUCAGAUCAAGAUCUGGGACCUGAAGGAGCGCACCAACGUGGCCAACUUCCCCGGCCACAUCGGCCCUGUCACUUCAAUCGCCUUCUCUGAGAACGGAUAUUACCUGGCUACAGGUGCACAGGACAGCUCAGUGAAGCUCUGGGAUCUGAGGAAGCUGAAAAAUUUCAAAACCAUCACCCUGGACAACAACUAUGAGGUGAAGUCCCUGGUGUUUGACCAGAGUGGGACAUACCUGGCUGUGGGUGGCACUGACAUCAGGGUCUACAUCUGUAAGCAGUGGUCCGAGGUCCUCAACUUCACAGAACACACUGGGGUGGUGACAGGUGUGGCCUUUGGGGAGCACGCCCAGUUCCUCACCUCCACUGGAAUGGACAGGAGCCUCAAGUUCUACAGCCUGUAACAACAUGGAUCAUAUGAGCAGAGUGAUGGAUGUCUCUGAUUGGCUGGCCUCUCUGAGGCCACGCUGAUGAUGUAUGCAUGGGAUGAGACUUUGGCUAUGUCCCAAAUGGCACCCUAGGGAAAAGGAUUCCAUCUGGGGGGGACACAGACCCUGCAGCAGUUGAUCAGAAGGGAAAUGCAGCUUGAUUGGAUAAUAAACUGAGGCUAGAAUGUUAGAAUGGAUUUUUAACUGAUAUGCUCUUAAUAAUAAGGAUCGGAACCUUUUUUUUCCAUUUUCGCCUAAAAUUACAUCCCAAAAUCUAACUGCCUGUAGUUCAGGAACUGAUGCAAGGAUAUGCAUAUUCUUGACACCAUUUGAAAGGAAACACUUUUGAAGUUUCUGGAAAUGUGAAAUUAAUGUAGGAGAAUAUAACACAUUAGCUCUGUAAAAGAUAAUACAAAGAAAAAAACAUGGAACAAAAAAAACAUCAGCUUUGAAAUGCAAGAGAAAGGCCACAAUGUAUUAUUGCAGUUUAGGUGCAAUUUAGAUUUUGGCGUGUAUGUGCAAAGUUUUAGACUGAUCCAAUGAACCAUUGCAUUACUGUUCAAAAUGUUGUAUAAAGUCUGUCCAAAUGUGCCUAAUUGGUUUAUUGAUACAUUUUCAGUACAUAACUGUGCACUCUCCUAAAACAAUAGCAUGGUAUUCUUAGCUACUGUAAAUUGGACAGUGCAGUUAGAUUAACAACCUGCCCAGGGACUGCAGUUGAAAAUUAGCCGGCUGGUUAAAACCGGCACUUUAACUGAAACGUUGAUUAAUGUGCACUCGCCCUGUAAAAAGAAAUAAACUCAAACAAGAAUUCAAGCUUUCUGCCCAUAUCAGAUAUGUCUUUGUCCUGGGAAAUGUUCUUGUUACUUACAAACUCAUGCUAAUCGCAUUAGCGCGCUCGUCCCGUGGCGGGGAACACCAAUCCCAUAGAGGUUUUAACAAUGGGGAAACGGAGCAUAUCAGUUUGGAUUCCAGGCUACUAGAAUGCACCCAAAAUAUGUCAUACAGCAAUGCUAUUGUAUAUGGCUCAUACUAUGUUAUUGUUGUAUUUUACCUUUAUUUAACUAAAUCAAAUCAAAGUUUAUUUGUCACGUGCGCCGAAUACAACCUUACAGUGAAAUGCUUACUAAUCAAUAGUGUGGAAAAAAGGUGUGUGUGUGUAGGUAAGUAAAGAAAUAAAACAACGGUAAAACGACAUUUGAAAAUAAGAGUAGCAAGGCUAUAUACAUACACCGGUUAAUCAGGCUUAUUGAGGUAGUACGUUCAUGUAGGUAUGGUUAAAGUGACUGCAUAUAUGAUGAACAGAGAGUAGCAGUAAUGUAAAAAGAGGGGUUGGCGGGACACAAUGCAGAUAGCCCGUUUAGCCAAUGUGCGGGAGCACUGGUUGGUCGGGCCAAUUGAGGUAGUAUGUACAUGAACGUGACUAGGCAAGUCAGUUAAGAACAAAUUCUUAUUUACAAUGACGGCCUAGGAACAGUGGGUUAACUUCCUUGUUCAGGGGCAGAACGACAGAUUUUUACCUUGUCAGCUCUGGGGAUUCGAUCUAGCAACAUUUCGGUUAUUGGCCAAACACUCUAACCACUAGGCCGAGAGCCAUGGUAUGUGUCCCAAAUGACACCCUAUUCCCUAUAUAGUGCUGCACUACUUUUGAAAGGGGCCCUGGUCAAAGGUUGUACACGAUAAAGGGAAUAGGGUGCCAUUUGGGACUUGGGCAUUGACUGAAUCACACCAAGAGCCACACAAGCAUAUUGUAGACCAUGUCCUUUCAUCAAUGUGUAUAUAGUACCUUGUAAGACCAUCAAUACCACACACACAAGGGAGCACAAACACAGAGGUGACUUCAGAGUGUACAUUGUUGUAGUAGAUAUAUAUAUAAAUAUAUUUGAAGCUCAGUACCAUCCUAUUUGGAUUAAUAUCGUAACAGUAUCAGAAUGUGGUCAUAGUCUUUACAGCUUGUGGAUUUCAUGCCUUUUAUUCUCCAUUUCCGUGUUUUUAAAAAAACGAUCCAUUAUGUUUCUUGUACAAUGUGAAUGAUUUUGAUUAGUUGGUAAGUGAUGACAUUAAUUUGAUGAAAUUGUAAUAUUUGUAUUUUUUUUUUUAAAACCUCUUCCAUUUCACUGUUUUUUCCCCUUAUCUUUAUUUUAUUAUCCUAUUGUCCCUCCUUUCUCUCUUUCUUCAUGAAAUGCCUGUUUUAUGCAUUUUUCUUUUGCCAGGUGAAGACUUUGUAUGUUUUUUGGAUCAUCAAUCAAUAAACAUCAAAAUAAUCCAA